UGUGAAGAGUUAACACAGAUAUAGGCGUGACGGAACGCAGGAAUGUAGGCGUCGGCUGAGGAUAAUGGGCGUGGCUAACGAAGCAUAGCAUCAUUUGCUGAUGACGGGGCGGGGUUAUCCGGAAAUGUGGGCGUGGCGCUGGCCAGUGCUGAGUUGCGCACCCUCGCUAGCUCCCAGUUCCUUGUUAGUCUCCGUCGAGGCAUCAUCCGGACGUAGAACAUAUCGGCGGUGGGAUUGCAGCAGCCGGGAAAACACCGGGGGAAGCCAUCGAACAGCCACCCCCCCCUCUGAGGAGGAUCCCUAUUUGUCCAGCACUCCACCCACCCCAUUGCACAGCUCAUCCCGGGGCUCCCAUCCAUGUGCACGGAUACCAGUGACAGGCUGCUUCCUGGCACACCCCCUCUCUCUGCCCCAUCCCAAGCUAACUUCUCCCGCAUAACUUUCUAAUCUGUCAUCUGAGGAAGGCACGCACCCAGCCACAUAUACACACUGCCUCAUAGACCUGGACACAGGGUGACUAUGGUUGUGUGGUUGGGAUGCUUUUAGGAUGUUGUAAUUCCACAUCACAUAUCUGUCGGGAUCGGGCCAUAGGACAUCACUGACAAUCUGUAGUUAUUGCCUUAUUUACAGACGAGCAGUUACCUAUAUAUCUCCUUUUGAUUCUGACACAGUGCACUUUAGCCGCAUCUACAACGCACUCAGGAGCUCUCUCUGCAGUUAGUAAAGGUUGCAGAUCCAUAAUAUGUGCAUAUCAUCUGCUUGUGGCCAGGAUUUGUGUUCUGCACCUUGAUGGGUUAAUAUCAGGUCUUGUUUGUGGCUUGAUCAUUUCAUAUCCUCACUGCUGUGCUGCACAGAAUCUAUGAGAAGUUCCUAGUCUAGGGUGUAUAUGUGCUUUUAGCCAGUGUCAUUUUAAUUUGGAAUUCCUGCUGUCAGGGACCAAUAUCCUGUGCAGAUUAAAGGAUUGCUUCCCUCUGCAUGGUCUGCCCUCUUUUUUAUUUGUGUAGAUAAAUAUAUUUGGGUUGUGCAUCAGAAUAUUGUUCCAUUCUGCUUUUACCCUUCCUUCCACUUGUUUACUCUGUAAUAUUAGUCACUUUGUAGCACAGUAAUGUGGUUUUAAUCAUUUUAUUUGUCUUCAGACCAUACAGAAGCAGCCAGAUAUUAUCUCGGUGUCAAUUUCUAUCAUUGUCUUGACAGUAAGCAGAUUCAGCUCACUCCAGCCAGUGAUAUACAUUGAUUUUAUUUGUGUUUUAUCUUUACAAUCAGACGUCAGGAUCCAUUUUCUUCUCUUGGUUUAGAUCCCCAUCUACUGCCAUAUGCGAACUCGUUUUAUCCUUAUACGUUCUCCAUAUCAAUUUGCAGUUUGUGUCAGUCUAUUGUAUUAGAGUUAUGGAUUUUGAUUUUGUUGUAGGAUCAAUGCAGCUGUUGUGACAGUUGCAGUUUAAGAUAUGAUUGUUGUCUGUUUGGUUAUGCUUGGCUGUCAGAUGAUGCUGUCAAAAUUGCCAGUUGUCAAUUAACCAAAUAUGCAGAUCUUAAUCACUAUGACUUUUUUUAUCUGAGCAAUAGACGUAUUAACUCUAUUAGGCAUAGACGAGAACACAUUUGGUAGUUGUAGAUCUUUACUGUUGUAAUACCUGGUACACUUCUUAUCGAGUGGCGGGCUCUGUGCCCAUCUCCUGUAUGAGGCAUCAUGUCCAAGACGCUGAAAAAAAAGAAGCAUUGGCUAAGUAAAGUGCAGGAAUGCGGGUUAUCCGGGGUGGGCGGAGAUCCAAGCGCUCUUCUGGAGCUCCGCGGGGGCGCAGAGCAUGGAGAGUUCCCUUACUUGGGCCGUCUGAGAGAGGACACUGCAAGCUACAUUGCGGGUAAGGUACCCAGCCAAGGGGAUGUACUGUUGGAAGUAAAUGGAACACCAGUUAGUGGCCUUACACACCGAGAUACACUGGCUGUGAUAAGGCAUUUCAGGGAACCUAUUCGUCUAAAAACCGUCAAACCUGGUAAAGUUAUCAACAAGGACCUGCGCCACUAUCUGAGCCUACAGUUUCAGAAAGGAUCUAUAGAUCACAAACUACAGCAAGUGAUUAGAGAUAACCUGUAUUUGAGAACAAUACCUUGUACCACAAGGUCACCACGCGAUGGAGAGGUACCAGGUGUUGAUUACAAUUUUAUCACCGUGGAGCAGUUCAAAGCUCUAGAAGACAGCGGGGUGCUGCUGGAAAGUGGAACAUAUGAUGGCAAUUUUUAUGGCACUCCAAAGCCUCCAGCUGAGCCAAGUCCCUUCCAGCCUGACCCAGUGGAUGGGGUCCUAUUUGAUGCAGACUUUGACACAGAGACUACAAGGAAGAGAACAACUUCUGUUAGCAAGAUGCAGCGCACAGACUCCUCCCUCCCAGAAGAGGAAGAGGAUGAGGAAAGAGAGGCAGUCAAUGGUAGUAGUGGAAGUGCAGAACAUAGAGACAGGCCGGACUCCACGGAGUGGGGAAAAACCGUCCCUAGCUACAAUCAGACCAACAGUUCUAUGGACUUCAGGAAUUAUUUAACUCAAGGCGAGAACUUGGAACCCCUUCCAAAGAACUGGGAAAUGGCCUACACCGAAGCAGGAAUGAUCUACUUUAUUGACCACAAUACCAAAACAACAACUUGGUUGGAUCCCAGGCUUUGUAAGAAAGCAAAAGCCCCAGAAGACUGUGAUGAUGGAGAACUUCCUUAUGGCUGGGAGAAGAUAGAGGACCCGCAGUACGGAAUCUAUUAUGUUGAUCACAUAAAUCAGAAAACCCAGUUUGAAAAUCCUGUUCUAGAAGCCAAAAGAAAGAAACAGCUUGGUCAUCUGAGUUUGGUGCCAUCUGAGGGCACAUUAAUGCCAGAGUCUGACAAGUCACCAUUUACCAGGGAUCCAGCACUGUUAAAGGGUGCACUACUGCGCACAUCACUCAAAAAGAGCUCUAUGGGGUUUGGAUUCACCAUUAUUGGGGGAGACAGGCCAGAUGAGUUUCUACAAGUGAAAAAUGUUCUGAAAGAUGGUCCAGCUGCACAAGAUGGCAAAAUUGCUCCAGGUGAUGUGAUUGUAGACAUAAAUGGAACCUGUGUACUCGGCCACACACAUGCAGAAGUCGUCCAAAUGUUCCAGCUAAUUCCCAUAAACCAGUUUGUAAAUAUGACCCUUUGUCGUGGCUACCCCCUUCCUGAAGAUAGCGAUGAUCCUGUAGCUGAUAUAGUUAAUACUGCUCCACCAAUCAUCAAUGGGCAGAUGACUACGCAAGGAGAAAACUUGGGAAGUCAAGACUUAAAAUCUGGAAUAGUGAUUCUGGACCAGAAUGGAAAACCAGGUCAUGUGUUGGUCAAUGGACGAUUGAAUGGUCCUUCACUGGACAUGCAAGAUCAAAGGACAUCUAUGUCAUCUGGAAACUCACAGCCUGAACUUGUAACCAUUCCUUUAUUGAAAGGACCUAAAGGUUUUGGAUUUGCUAUAGCUGAUAGUGCUAUGGGGCAAAAGGUCAAAAUGAUCUUAGACAGCCAGUGGUGUCCAGGACUCCAGAAAGGGGAUGUAAUUAAAGAAAUCUAUCACCAGAAUGUGCAAAACCUGACACACAUACAGGUUGUGGAAGUCCUGAAGCAGUUCCCCGUGGGAGCAGAGGUGCCGUUACUCAUCCUUCGGGGAGGUCCUCCAUCACCAACCAAAGUAGCAAAAGUGAAAACGGACAAGCAGGAGCUUGCAGGCAGUGUUGAAGCAAUUAGUAUCACUGAACCUUUACCACAACCUUUGCCGUUUCCACCAAACCUUGCAAGAUCAAACUCCCCAAAACUUGACCCUUCUGAGGUGUACAAGAAAUCAAAAAACAUCUUUGAAGAUAAACCUCCCAACACAAAGGAUUUGGAUGUUUUCCUGCGUAAGCAAGAAUCUGGCUUUGGAUUCAGGGUCCUUGGAGGAGAUGGACCAGAACAGGCGAUUUACAUUGGGGCCAUUAUUCCAUUAGGAGCAGCAGAAAAAGAUGGACGUCUUCGUGCUGCUGAUGAACUCAUCUGUAUUGAUGGCGUUCCUGUGAAAGGAAAGUCCCAUAAGCAGGUCCUAGAUUUAAUGACAACUGCUGCACGAAACGGUCACGUGCUACUCACUGUGAGACGGCAGAUCUACUACACAGAGAAACCUCAAGAAGAGGAGGAGCCACAGCAAAUUCUCCCUGCUCUCAAUGGCUCUCCCAGGCUGAAUAGAUUUGAGGUGACAGGUGCACCUAAGCUGCCAGCAGAGGCUUAUGAUGUCAUCUUACAGCGCAAAGAAAAUGAAGGCUUUGGGUUUGUCAUCUUGACCUCAAAGAACAAGCCCCCACCUGGAGUGAUUCCCCACAAGAUUGGGCGUGUAAUAGAAGGUAGCCCUGCUGACCGCUGCAGGAAGUUGAAAGUGGGAGACAGGAUCUCUGCUGUGAAUGGCCAGUCUAUUGUGGAGCUGUCACAUGAUAACAUUGUACAACUCAUAAAGGAUGCUGGGAAUGCAGUCACUCUCACAGUAAUUGCAGAAGAAGAACACAGAGGUCCCCCAUCUGGAACAAACUCUGCUAGACAAAGUCCUGCUCCGCAGCAUCGUGCCGUGGGUCAAGCUCAACCAAAUUAUGGGACGUUAGACAGAAAUACGUUGGAUGCGGAUUGCAGUAAGGGAGAUCUUUCUGCUCCAUACAGAUUCUUGUGGGCUGAUCACAAGCCCGAGGCGUCACUCACCCUGCCUUCUGGAAGCCGACACUCGCAGAGUUUGGGCUGUUACCCUGUGGAGUUGGAACGAGGACCUAGAGGCUUUGGGUUUAGCCUCCGUGGAGGAAAGGAGUAUAACAUGGGAUUAUUCAUUCUCCGACUUGCAGAAGAUGGUCCGGCAAUCAAAGAUGGACGCAUUCACGUUGGGGACCAGAUAGUAGAAAUUAACGGAGAACCAACGCAAGGCAUCACUCAUACUCGAGCCAUUGAGCUGAUCCAAGCUGGUGGGACCAAAGUUCUCCUAUUACUGAGACCAGGAACAGGGCUUAUUCCUGACCAUGAUGAUCUGGAAGGUAUUGAUCCUGCAUCUACAAAUGUAAUAUAUGAUGACCUCUCUGCAUUAUCAUCAAAUUCAUAUGUGGAUCCCAGUUCUGGAGUUUUUAAUUUGCCAGAACCUUAUGAGGAUUUUUUUGAAGUUCAGGAAACUGAGAAAAUGGGUGAGCCGAAUGAAAUACAGCAAAUAAAAGAGGAGGUUACUGUUCUGCCUAGUGCUAGCACUCAAGAGAAGAAAGACCUGAAACAAGAAAACGUGCUGUCGCCUGUCCAAAACCAAGACCAACAAAGAGAAAAGUCUGUGAGUCCCAAGAAUUUAAAUAAAAAUAAACCAGUAGUGGUUGGGAUAGAAAUCAGCACAAGAAGAGGGCGAUCUACAAGUCCAGGGAAGAUUGAUAGAGAACAUUCCAAAAGACUCCAGGGUUCUAGACAGGCAGACUCUGGAACACAAAAAGAAGUCAGAGAUCGAUCUUUAAGCCCCAGAAAAUUACAUGAUAAAAAUCCAGAGGGUGAUCAUGAUGAUGUAUUUUACAUUAAAGAGCAGAGUAGGAGACAUAGGGGAAGGUCUGCCAGUCCAAAAAAAACUUACAAAAAGGAGGAAGUAGAGAAAAAAAGCACCGGAGAAGAAGAGAAACUGCAAAAACAAAACAAAUUCCAGAAACUUCUUGCCAAAGUUGAAGGUGUUGACCAGUCUAGGGAAAGAAAAGAAAAAAAAUUAGUCAGGGAAGACAGAGAAGAAAAGCCAAAGAUACAUGAAAAGCAUGAGAGAUCAAGGAGAGAUGAGAGGGAGGAGAAACCGAAGAGAGAGGAAAAGGAGGAUAUACAAAGAAGAGAUGAGAAGGAGGAGAAACAGAGAAGAGAUGAGAAGCCCAGGAGAGAUAUUAGGGAGGAUAAACCCAGGAGGGAGGAGAAGCCUAGGAGAGAUGAGAGGGAAGAGAAGCCCAGAAGAGAGGAAAGAGAGGAGAAGCCCAAGAUAGGGGGUGAUAAGGAGAAGUCCAGGAGAGGAGAGAGGGAGGAGAAACAGAAUAGAGGAGAGAGGGAGGAGAAGUCCAGGAGGGAAGAGAAGCCCAGGAAAGAGGAGAGGGAGGAGAAGCCCAGGAGAGAAGAAAAGCACAAGAGAGAGGAGAGGGAGGAGAAUCCUAGGAGAGAGGAGAAGGAGGAGAAGCCCAGGAGAGAAGAGAGGGAGGAGAAGCACAAGCACAAGAGAGAGGAAAAGGAGGAGAAGCCCAGGAGAGAGGAGAGGGAGGAGAAGCCCAGGAGAGAGGAGAGGGAGGAGAAGCCCAGGAGAGAGGAGAGGGAGGAGAAACCCAGGAGACAUAAAUCCAAUAGAGACUUACAAGAAUCCAGAAAUGACAAAAAGAUUGAUGAGCAGCACGAGAAGUCCAGACGAGAAGAAAGGUCAAGUCUUCAUGGUGUUAAUGACAAAAAAUCUUCAGAACAAAUAAGCAAGCAUACAGAGGAAAAAUCUCCAAGAAUGAUUACAAAUUAUGAGAAAAAAAAGCAUGAGACUGAGCUAUUUAAAAAAGGAGGUGGUUCUUCAACAAUUAAGCAAGAAAUGCAAGACCAUGUUCUAAAAACUAAACAAAUAGAGAAGAACCAUCAUGGAGUAUCCUCUGAUUCUCCUCAUGAUCCACAACACAAAAAUUCAAUAGUCGAAACUACAGAGAAAACCAAAGAUGAAGGAGUGUCAGGAACAGGAGGGAAGAAGACACACGUAACUCCAGGACCAUGGAAAGUGCCCAGUUCAAAUAAAGCCACAAAAGCUGAUCCAAUGAAUAUAUAGACAUCAAUACCUUGUGCCGUCAGCUGAUUGCAGCAAAUGUAUUUUAGAGGCGUAUAACCUUAUUUGCAUGAAGGACAUUUUGGAUUUUAUUUGCAAUGAAUGGUCUUCCACAGGCUUGAGAUCCACGUAACCCUAUGAAGGUGUCCUGUUGCACUUAUUGGAUGUUAUGCUGCUAUUACAGAAUUGGGGACAGUAUUGUACAGAUCCUGAACAAUGUUUAUUUAACUUUGCCAAUGUGAUCAUAACUCCACUUCUUGUGCCAAUUUAUCUGAUUGCUCAGUUUAUUUCCUGCUGUAUGUCUGUGUAAAGUCUAAACUGAACGUGUUUCUUACAUAAGCCGAAAAGGCCUGGCUGAAAUAUGAUUAGCAUGUUGCAUGUUUACAGACUCAAAAACAAAAUUACAACAUACAGGUUUAUACCGGUCAAAGCAAGGACAAUACUGGGCAUGACAUAUAGUUGAUUACAUGUGACUAUCCACCAGUGUUUUUUUAUAUUUGUCCUGUGUAAAAGUAGCACCCCAGAACAAAGACUUAUAGAAUCAUUACAUGCAUACAUGAAAACUGACAUGAACAAAUUUGGGUCCUGUUACCUUCUAGUUUUCUACUUUUCAUAUAUACUUAACAUGUAUAUGUUUUACUGCAAACAUGGCAGAACAGUUAAAUGUUCCACUCCUCUUCCCGUGGCGGAGUUUCAUUAUAAUGUACAUUAUUUAAUAUGAAAGGAACAAAAAAUAAUAAUAAUAUAUGCAGUAAACUGAGCGGCAUGUAUUUUAUCAGCUUUUAAAAUAAUGAUUUUGCAUAACUUAAUUAUAGUUGUGUGAGAUGCAAAAGAAGCUUUUUCAUGUAAGUGAACUGCAGAGUAGCAAGAUAACAUGUAUUUUAUAUAGGGCAAUUUCUUACAAUUUUUAGGGACACGUGGUUAAAAUGGCAUUUUGAAAUUGCAGCCCAUACAGUACAGGUGGGAAACCAGUGAAACACUGUGACACUACCACCACUGUUGAAAUGUUUUUUUAACUGCCUUUUUUUUUAAAUGCAUGAAUAAACCCUUGGCAUCCCACAACUUAAUAUCUUAGCAUCUAAAGGACUUUAAUGUGAAAAGUUUAUAAUUCAUGCUAUACCUUAACUAUACCUUGUAUGUGAAUCCAUAUUUACCAAGAUUUUAGUGUCAAAAUACACCCUCAAUUAUGUUGUGUUACCAUGGUUACCCUCUUAAAGGGUUGGUAUGUUCUGUAAGAGUAUACAGCUGUCACACAAGUCUGCACCUAUUUCAUUUGUGUACACAUCUGUUUGUUUGGUUUUAAAGUGGGACUUUGGUUUGCACAAAGGGGAAGUAUCAUGAAAAUGAUGUGAUGGAACCAGUGACAUGAGUGGGGCACAAUUUUUGUAUCUCGGUGUCCAUUGGUUCAUUGUAAACAUAUAAACUGCAUUUUUAAUGGACACGGUUACAACCAGCAGUGGUCCUACUUACUUCAUGUAGAGGGGGCUGCCGCUACCCACAUGCCUGGAGAGGAGACAGGAGUCUACGGGUCCCGGCACCUGUGAAAUGCUUCUGGGUCAGGCGCAGACACUGCGGUGCGACUGCGCAUGUGCAAACCCCUGGCGUCUAUGGGCUGCUUCGGCUGCAGCCUAUAGAAGCUGGAUUGGGCUGACGUGGCAGGGAGUGGCUUCUUAGAGAAAGCCAGUUUCUGGUAAUUGCAGCCCGGUCUGGCAGUCCAGGAGGGAGGAGACACCUCCAAUGUGACUGCCUCGUGUGUCUGUGACUGGUAGGUAGGACUUCCAAUAGGAUGUCACUGCCAGUCACAGUGCAGCCAGUGCAGUCACAGACUGCAUCUGGCUCACUGACACUGAUCGGGGUGGCAGAUUUUACUUGGGAGGUGGGGGAAAGGGGAGGGGUCUGCAGUCCUUCAGCCGAUAGGUAAAAACCACCACUGGUUGCAACCUACAAAAAUGUAUGUCUUCAAUAUGUGAAGAUGACAGGGUCAAUUUUCUUUGGUAAUGCACAUGCCACAAGUUACUCUAGUUAUAUCUUUGCAACACAAAAUCCCUAUUUUUAUGUGCAUGUGUUUCAUAUUUAAUUUUCUUCCCUUUUCACUAAAAGUGCAGUUGGCAAAUACAGAAUUUCUGCCCAGAUAUGUGUGUGGGGGGGGGUUUUCAAGUAAUUUUGAGUGUUUGCCUAUGCUGACCUAUAAUAGUAUAAAACACAACUAAAAUCAUUUUAUAUGUGUAGAAAGAGCGAUUUUCUGUUUUAAAUUAAAAUUGGCUUGAUUGACCUGUAGUUGGUAGUGUGCCAUCAGGUUGAACGGGUGUACUACGAGAUCCCGGCGCUCGGGAUCCUGGCGCCCAGCAUAACGGUGCUGGAAUGUCAGCAGCGGGGCGAGCGCAGAAGAGCCCCUUGCGAGCACGGUUUAUUCUUCCUCCAGGGGUCUCGUGGACACCCCAAGAUGGUGAAUAGUUGUUGGUACCCCGGCGCUGGUAUCCCAACAGCCAGGAUAUUGAGUGCCUCCCGGUUGAACACCACAGGAUACUAUUUAUUAGGUAGGAUUUGUUGUGGGAAUUCCACAGUGUGGUGAUGUAUUAGUGUUACGUUCCACCCAAAAAGCCGUAUUAAUAUUAGGGAACUGGUAUUACUUUGUUCAGUGCUCGCAUGUUAUCGAGAACUGUUUUAAAUGUUCGUCAGCAAACUUUACAAAUUCACAUCAUAUUGAUUUGACUAAAGCAAGUUAUACACUCAGACACAAUUACGACUUAAAUAGAAUGGGAACCUAAUGAAAUGUGUGUAUGUCAAAUUAAAUAUCAAUCUAUGUUUUAUAUAAAUUUCUUGAAAAGCCUGCAUUUUGCUGUAGACUUCUUAAAGACACAACGCCCUGGGAUUUUGCUAUAUACUUCUGUCUGUUAUGGUGAAUGUUGCUCUGCUGUGAUUUAACGCUUUAAUUGUCAGGGUGAUUUAAGUUCUGGUUUCUCUGGCAACAGAAGUGUUAAUCCAGAUUUAAUGCACCUAACUGAUUACUGUGAUUUGAUCUAUUCUGUUAAACAUAUUGUGAUGAUUUCCAAAAGUAAAUCUUUCUCGAAGGAACUGGUAUUUCCAAAUCUCAAAGUAACGUUGCCUUGAAAUAUUAAGGGAAUCAAGACUAGAUUUACUGGUUGUAAAUGUUUAUAUAAUGUACAGCACCUAUAAAUAUAUAUAUACAUAUAUCUUUCCAAAGUAUAGAAUAGAUCUGUAAAGCAGUUAUUAUUUUUUAUAUAGAUAUAUAUAUAUAUGAGAACAAUCCAGUCAAUGGCCUUCUUGCACUGUACAAUAAAAAAACUAAAUUGCUGUAUAAUUUUGGUUUAUUUUCCAAUAAUGCAUUCUAUAUUGUAUGUGUUCAGCAGAAGCAUCAUCCAGAAUUAGGAACUAUUUUGCAUUAAAAUGAAUUCACUGA